GAUAAAACCAAGAAAGCAUUGAGAUGGACCGAGGUGAGUGAAGUGGGGUCCAGGCCCGACCCCAAAGAUGCCCUAAACCCUCUCAGUUGAGUUGUUUUGUGUACUUUGUGUUGGUUUACUAGGAUUCUUGUGUUGUGUCGAACAAAGCAAAGCGAAGACUGAAAACAAAAGACAAUCAUCAAGAGUUAAAGACAUCAACCUAGGCCAAAGACCUCACUGUUUCUGUUCCACAGCAUAACAAACUAUUCACACAUUCCCCCUCAAACAACAAAAGGAAGUGAAAACUCAAAAACCAAUGGCUGAUAAGUCAGUUUCAGAAGAAGCCUCCAUGGACGGCCAAGCACCGAAGCUUACUUCCAUUCCUUCCACCGACAACACUGUCUGGGCCGACGCUUCGCCUCUCCUUCUAGCCGCCUGUAGAGGUCUUGGAGAUGGAGAGCUCAUUCAUGGGGAUAAUUUCAAUCUUUUUGCUGCCAUGUCUGCUUUAGAGAUAAUGGAUCCGAAGAUGGAUUCAGGUAUUGUUUGUGGAUACUAUUCUAUUGAUGAGGCCAUCGAGAAUGGUGCUGCUUCUGUUCCUAUUAGCCUUGACAGCACUAUUGAUGUCCAAUGCACUAUUGAUAUCAUGGAUCAUCUUCUAGCUUGUGAGGCAGCAUGGCAUAAGGGUCAUUCCUUGGCGCAAACUGUCUUUUCAUGCAUCUAUCUUCUGAGGCUUGAUAGGACAGCUUCACAUGCCUUAUUGCAUUCUUAUUGCAGAGUUAUACGAACAACUUGCAAGGCAGUUCUGUCAGUUGUUUCAGAUGCACGUACACAUGAAGAGGAGGAUCUUUUUACAAUGGCAUAUGGUCUUCCUUUAAAUGGGGAUGGAGAUGAGAAGUGCUUGUCAAUGUUGAAUGCUGUCGAAGAGACGAUAUCUCGCCAAUUGCGUGCAUGUAAAGCUACACCUUCAAAAAGAAGGUUAUCUGAGGAUUUAGAGCCAUUACAGUGCAAUCCCAAUCUGGAAGAAGGAUUCUGCAAAGCUUUAUUGUGUCGCUUACGUUUUCGUAAGCACUUUUUCCACGUUCUUACGUGUAUGAAACGGCCCCAGGGGAGAGGUUUGGAGUUGGCGAGAAAGCAUAUAGCUUCUUGCAUAUCGGAGCUAGAGUCCAUUCUUAAAUCAGCAGAGUUUCUAAGGUCUUGUUCUGGUGAAUCUUCUAAAGAUGAUAUAGAUGACAAAACAACUGCUUCUGGUUGUGAACCAAUUGGGUUUGAUGCUACAUUAAACAGUAGACUAUGCCCCACACCACCACGUGCAAUUAAAAUUCUUAGUUGGAAAAUGGCUGUUGAAUAUUUUGUAAAACUUCUUCAUGAUCUAGAUGUUAUGUGCUCUUACUCAUUGGAUGCUCAAUUAGAAAAUCUUCUGCGUUUUGUGGUUCAGUUCCAGAAGUCUCAACCUGAUUUAGUGGCACGAUCUCAUCUGCAGCUUCUACUGGUUCAAGAUGGGAAACUCUAUGGACGCGAUCCUAUCUUUGCAGUGAUAACUAAAGCUGCUGCAUUGCCGGAAGCCACCAAAAACCAUGAUAUUGAGAAGAAUGAAUAUAUUGUGCAACUAGGACAGUUGGUAAUGAAUUUGCUCAAAAUACUUUGUACAAAUGCAGCCUGGCAGAGGCGUAAGCUUGGGAAAAUUUUGCAAGAUUGGCGUGUUAUCUAUGUACAGCUUGAGCUUGCUUUCGGAAACGAGUUUGGAGAAGUCUUAAGCAGUUCAAAUGAUGAGAAUAUGUGCAUGAAAAUAUUCCAACAUAUCCUCAUUUGGGUGGAAGAGCAAACGUACUGGAUCGCUUGUCGAUUUCUCAUGUUGGGUUUUGAAUUGGAACUCUAUUCUGCCAGCGAAUACUGCAUGGUAUAUUGGUAUUCAUAUGCUGUCUUAAGCAAGCUUGCAGAGAAAACUCAUCUUAAGAUGUCUGUCAGCUAUGACACUGGUAAAAGAAAGGGAAAGAAGAGAAGGGACUCUCCUAAGGAUUUGGCUAGGGAAUCUCGGAUACCACCAGUGGUCUUGUUCCUUCAAUGCUAUAUAUGUCUUGCUGAAGGACUUACAAUGAUGCUUGCUGCUUUGAGGAAUGAAGUCAUGAUCUUACAGAGUCCAAGGCCCUUUAAUACCGAGCAGGAGAAAUUCUUUCAGCAUUUUGAGCUUUUACAAAGAGCUUGCAUUCCUGAUCACAAUUCGUACCCAUCAUUCAAGGAAUCAACAACUCAUGCUCGCUUUUCUACACUAGUUAUGUAUAAUUACUUCAAGGAUGCUCAGCGGAUUGCAAAGGAGGUCAAGAAUAGUUUUUCCAAUGAUCCAGACAGAUUGGCUGAACUCCGAAGACUAGAGCUGGUUGCAGAGCACAACAGCGUUGCUCUAAAUCUCAUUUGUCGGUUAGGAGCUCUUGACCCAUCACUUAAGGUUUCUUUUGAGUUCAACCAUCAUCCAUUCUUUGCCACUGCUGUUGUCAGGAGAUCUUGAAGGUUUCUUUUGAUGAUCUCUACCAAUUUUGAAACAUUUAUACAAGCUUAAGAGGCAUUUGAGUCCUGUGUAGCAAUUGUAAUAUUAGCAUGUUUUAAAUCAGUGUUCUUAAUUGUUUGUUAUAAUAAUAGUAUUAUAAUUGGAAAAUAAGAGCAAAAAAAAAAAUAAUAAUAACUACCCACCCAUCCUUUCUUUUCCUCUGAUUUUGUAUAUUACAAAGGGAUGUAUCUGAAAACAAAAUGAGGAUUGUGCAUUACAAUGAAGGAAAAUAAAUGCAUGUAGUCGGAAAGUUGGGCAACCGUCCAUAUCAUGAAAGGAAUGGUAUUUUCAACUCAAACCAACAUUUUAUUUAUUUUCCGCUUUUCUGUCAAAUUCAGCACUAAUGAUUUCUUCGAUUCAAAGUUAUUUGACUUCUGUCAUCAAAUAUGGCUUCCCAACCCAUUUUUUAAGUCUCUUUUUCAAUUUGUUUUUCUUAACGCUUGCUAUUCUUCUAUCUAGUAAGCAAAUUGCAUCAAAAAGGUUGCUAUUAAGGCCCAUAGUGCUCAAUAAUUCUGACGGAAAGUAAGUGAUGUGUUGAGCGGACCGGCUGAUA